CGUCUGUUCACCCACCCCCCCCCUCGCUCGAUCGACGGGAUUUUGAUGCAUGAACUAUGAUGCGAGGCGAUCUGUCGGAUUCUACGCCCUUAUUCAGUGUUCGACAAUCGCACCAUGAGCCUUGAUCCGAGCUCGUUUCCCAGGUCCAAUUCCCCCGCCAGCUCCGAUAGCUCCCUAACACGCUCCCGGCUCCGGGGGAAAGACGACUCUUUGAGAAAGGAUAAAAAUUACCGCCGAUAUGCCUCAAGUGUCGAGCGCGCCUUGUCGCUGUUCGACACCGCUUUACAGGAAUGGGCGGAUUACAUUUCGUUCCUGAGUCGACUUCUAAAGGCACUUCAAUCCCAUCCCCCAGACCUGCCUGUUGUUCCUCACAAAGUGGCUGUCUCGAAGCGAUUAUCUCAGUGCCUGAAUCCCUCUCUACCCUCCGGUGUACACCAAAAGGCACUCGAAGUCUACACCUAUGUAUUUAAUCUCAUCAGGCCAGAAGGCUUGUCUCACGAUCUUCCGUUAUACCUACCGGGGAUUGCGCCUACCCUGACAUUCGCAUCACUCACGGUUCGCCCAUUGUUUUUAUCCCUGAUGGAAACAUACGUAUGCGCACUGGAACCAUGGGCGAUUCGGCCGGCUUUGAAAGCGAUCAUCCUAGCCCUGCUUCCCGGACUUGAGGAAGAGACGAGCGAUGAUUUCGACCCUACCCUGCGCCUGAUUAAUAAAUUCCGGGAUAUUACUAGCCAGAUGGAUACCCAGAGAUCCCGAGCAGAAGCAAACCCGACUGGCCAAUACUUCUGGCAAUGCUUCUUUCUCGCGUCAAUUACGAGUCCCAGCCGUCGAUCAGGCGUCCUCGCCUACUUGAAUCGCUUUCUCCCGAAAUUGGGCAUAACACACCGUAGACCGAGCAGGAGUGAUGAAGCAGACGCGGCUAAUAUGCCUCAUGCCAUGCAGGUCGCUGCAAACUCCGUGAUUUUACCCGAACCUGGCCUUCUUAUUCGGUGUUUUGCAACAGGUUUAGCAGACGAGCAAGUUCUUGUCCAGCGGAAUUUCCUUGAUCUACUCGUAACACACCUUCCUCUAAGCUCUCCUAUCUUACAGUCCCGAAUCACCGAGGUGGAUCUUCAAAAACUCCUUAUUGCAGCAACCGGCGUGGUCUCCCGGCGAGAUAUGGGCUUGAAUAGGAGACUAUGGGCUUGGUUUCUGGGUCCUGAUCCGGCAAGUGACCGUGCGUCAUUCGAGGCCCGCCGUUCAAUAUCAGAACCUGCGCCGAAACCCGCGGCUGAAAGCGAUGAACUCACUCAGUCUCAGUACUUCAGUCGGUUUGGGUUACGUCCAUUGGUGAAAGGUCUUCUUCAGAUGCUUGAGCAGGAGUCCAAGACUCCCUCGGAACGUGCAAGGCCCUUCAGGAUAUCACUUUCGCUCAUGGACCGCUGGGAGGUCGGUGGACACAUUGUGCCCGCAGUUUUUCUACCGUUUAUACGAAGCGUCCAGGCCUAUGAACAGACCGCUCCCAAGAACCAUUACGCGGAAGUUUUUCGAAGUGCCACAUCCUUUUUUGAUGGGGUUGAAAGUGGUAUGAUAUUUUCCGAACUGUUGAAUUUAGUCGAUUGGAAUGUGAACGACCUUCGUCAUCAUACCGAGCGGACUUUGAAAAACUUGGAACUUGCUCAUUUUAUCUUGGAAAACUUCAAUGUUCGGGAAGAAGACAUGGUUCUAGCUCACGCUCCACUGCUUACCUUGUCCACUUUGCUUAAAAUCUCCGAGCUUUCCUCCGAGCAUUUGUUAGCGGUCCCUCGUGAUCUAUUACGAGCGGUUUCAAAUGGGCUAUCGAAAGUACUGAACUCUUUAAUUGGACUUCUAACAGAGCGUGCUUUCCUCCGAAAGCCUGACUCUAAAAAUCUGGUCAACGGCCAGUCCAUCUUCGACCUUGAUGGACCCGGAAUCUUGAAGAAAAUACACGGAUUUUACGAGCAAAGCAGAAACUGUCUCGAUCCACAACCUUUCCCCCUGGUUCCUAGAGAUUUAGCGGAAUUGCUUGUUAAAACUACCUACGAGCUAACCAUUUUAGCACUCGAUGGCCAUGACGAUACUGCUUCAAUACCAGAACGGCUAAACCUUCUGGUAGUCAUACUGAACAAACUGCCAAAGUCACGCGUCUUACGUGACAGGCGACUUUAUCUCUCAGUCAAUGAGAGGAUUCAAACGACAAGAGCUGAAUCGUCUACCGCCUCUUUCCCGGUUAUAUCCUCCGUCUCCUCCACCCUAACGAAUUUGUAUUGCAUCCAGAAAGCUGGCUACUACAUUAGUUACGAAGAUGUCUCCGACCUGAUUCCGCUCCUUGUCAAACAACUGUGGAAUUUUCUCUCGCCAUUUAGCCCUAAGUUCCAUGUCGAAGCUGUCCGCUGUUUGUGGAAUCUGCACUCCAUCUCCUGGUUUGACCAUCUUGUUGAAUCUGCUAUAACCUCCUUAAUGUUUACUUCAUCAAUGCCGGGGUCCUAUCAGCUCUCCUCAGAGGACCAAGCUGACAGAUACUUUAUCCUUUGGAAUCACAGCCACCAUGGAACAUAUGAGCUUCCCCCAAAGCACCUCCACGAUUCAGCCCAAUGUCAAGCUUCUUAUCAUUCUUCAAUGCUAGAACGCCCUCUCUUCAUUGUUUUAGAUUUACUCUCACGAGGCUCAACCCAUGCCACACAGGUUGUCCAGCUCUGGCUUCAGGACCUGCCAUCGAUAGCCAAAGUCUUUCGAAUAGUUAUUUCAAGAUUGGAGAGUGUUUUGCAAAGAUCAGACCAGUCUGAAGUGGUUGAUGGGAACGUUAUCGUCUCUCCUGAUGACUAUUCUGAGUGCAACUAUCUUUUGGAAACAAUCCAUAAUGCCAUUAAUGCUCUUUCUCACAACGGAUGGGUCGCACUUCUCACCCAGACACUGCUUCAAACUAACAGGCGCCACGACAUGUCUGUCUCGGAGGAUAAUGCUGAGGCUCCAAGUCUUCACACAAUAAUAUUUCAAACGUCCCUGAAAAUUGUUAGUGGACACAGAACCGCUUCACCAGCAGAGAGGGAGGAGGUUAAGUUACAGCAAAGCUGUCUUGCAGUCAUGCGUCAGCUUCUCCUCGGCCCUGGAGCCGAAGAACUCGUGGAUUCUGGGAUUGACUCGCUCCUUGUUGAUAAACUUUGCCUUGCGCUUGAUCAGGGUGGCAACGUUGCUAUCCAAGCCGCCCUUAUCGAUACUCUCUUGGCCAUUUUAAAGGUCCGCUUCGCCCAAGCCUACUUACCACCACCCCCUCCUCCUCCUCCUCCUCCUCGACCAAAGCACCAAAGAGUCGGGUCUCGUGAGCGGUUGACAAGCCCUUCGAUCUUGUCUUUCACGAGCGACAAGGGCGAUAAAACACCAGUGCUAGCGCCACUGCCCCAACCACCUCAACAUCUCCUGGAUUGCCUUCUCAAAGGCAUUAGCUCUCCUAACUCUCGGGAAAUCGUGGAGAAAUGGACUAUGCUGCUUUGCGAAGUCCUUCCACUAUACUCGACUUCCAUAUUCCAAAUUCUUCUGAAGCUAGUGGAAUGCUUCUGUAAAGAAAUUAAGCUUUCCUACGCAAACCUUCAGCUCUCAUUUAAACAGACAGAAAAAUGGCCUGAGGACCGCUCAGAACACACGACCAUCUCUCUUCUCACUGGCUUUGAGACAUGUAUCGCAGCUGCUCACGACCGCCUUCUCAUAGAAGAGGCAAACAUUCCAGUAGUAAAGAGCCCGGACCAAACACAAGGCUUUUUUGGGAAUAUGGUCUCCGGAGUUUUUACAUCUGAUGCGAACCAUUCGCGCUCAACCGCCAUGAAUAACAGGCUUACCGUCUUACUGUCUUUCCAAGACGCUGUGCGUCUCUGUUUUUCAAUUUGGUCAUGGGGUGCGGCUGAGAAGAGCAACCUUCCGCAGGAUGCAGAAUCCAUAGCCUCCUUCCAGUAUACAUCCCUGCGAAUGCGAAACAGGUCUCGACGGAUUCUUGAACACCUUUUCACCGCCGAGGCACUAGAAUGUCUUGAAACCAUGGUGGAGAUGUGGAUUAAGUCUGACAGCGAGACUUCGCCUUUGAUAUUCAGUCUGCUUCACACUCUCGAUGGGUCUCGCCCGAAAAUUGCUAUCCCCGCUAUCUUCAAUGCUAUAUAUACCCGAACCAAUCCUGCGGCCCUCGAUCCCAGCCGCAAAUCAACAUUGACCUCUAAUCUCACCGAGUCUGAGCUAGCGGGGUUUUUAGUGACCUACGCCAGAUCACUUGACGAUGACGUCCUUGACGAGAUAUGGGCAGACUGCACGACCUUUUUGCGCGAUGUACUAAGUAAUCCUUUCCCCCACAGACAGAUUCUCCCACGGUUGGUUGAGUUUGCGGCAAUCUUGGGAGCCAAGUUGGAUAACACAAGCUUCGGGGAUGACCGACGGAUGAGAAAAGAACUCGGGGAUGUGCUUUUGCGUCUCCUCACUGCGAUAUUUACAAGCAAACCUCUAGGGCUCUCCCAGGAGCAAGGACUAUUGGGACGCGCGUCAUUGGAUUAUGAUAGCUCCUCCGUACGACAUAUUGGCCCUGAUGAUAUGCUAAGUAUUCUCGCUCUCUCCAUGCCUGCCUUCACAACGACCUUGGGAGACUCGGAUCGGAUUUCCACCGCCGUGUCCGGAAUAUCCACCAACGUAAUUGGGCCUCUCUUACGUUCUCGCCUUUUCCCAAACAAUCUCAACCAUAGCUUCAUGACCUUGUUGCAGCUUAUAGCAAAAUCUCCGGCGGCUUCCAAAUUUUGGAAGAAAGAUGUCGCGGAAGCUUUCAAUGAUCCCAGGUUUUUCGGCUCUCCGAUCGACCUGGUAAAGGAUGGUUGGAUGGGGCUGUUACGACAAUGGGUUCUAGCUGAUAGAGACCGACUCUCCGAAUUGAUGUCUCGUCUUACCCCACCGAGUACGGCAGGUAUCAUGUUCGGUGUCGGAGCUUCGGCGGCCCGCUUGGAGGCUGACCGGAGAGCUCAGUUAAAUCUCCGCCGGAUAAGUCUAGUUAUUCUAUCAUCAAGCAGGGAUUAUUUCAUUGGAGAAAUGCCGGCACUGCUGCAGAAGCUGGAGGAUCUCCUAGGGGCCACGGCUUCCUCAUCCCCGUCGUCUACUACCAGAGCGGAGAUAUUCAUGGUUCUUCGCGCUCUCACGCUGAAAAACACGACGACAUCACUGAGUCAAUUCUGGCCCUUAAUCAAUGCAGAGCUUCAGGAAGCUAUCUCAACGAUUGCUUCAGGGCCCCAGUCGGAGCUGUAUAAUCCUUACUCCCUAUUACAGGCUUGCAAGCUGCUAGAUACACUGCUGGUCCUUGCACCAGACGACUUCCAACUAAUCGAAUGGCUAUACGUCACGGAUACUAUUGACGCUGUGUACCCUCCCGAGCGUUUAGAAACGAUCGCACUCGCCGAUGAAGUGUCUCAGAAUCGAGGGGUACGCGGGCGUACGUCGUCCGACGGCGCUGGAGAAACACGCGAGCUUCACCAUGGCGCGAGGUAUCCGGGACUUACCGCAGACUGGAUCCGCGAGACUGCGAAGGAUGAAAUUGUCGAUCGGGUACUUGGCCCAUUUUUCGACCAGCUCAGCAUCCAUGCUUUUGAGAGCACCUACAGCAUCAGCAGUCCGAACCUGGACGCAUGUCGUGACGAUCUGUUGGCGGAUUUGUUCAACGAAAGUACAAUGGCUAACUAGCACUUGUGAAGAUUUUCUUGUACUAUUAGGCUGGAGGGUGGGGGGGGGAAGGCAAACUUGGAAGUAACAGAAUUAUAAAUAGCAUAUCAUUCUCGAAUUCCCAUCCAAAAUGCUAGCUGUUUAUGGUAGACAAUGGUGAGGUAGUGGUGGUUGUGAUCGUGAUGAUAUACAGCAGGAAGGCGUCGGGGGCUGAUUAUUGGCCAACACCGCCCAAGUCUCUCUCCGCCCAAACCGGCAACACCAACGUCACCCAUCCCAAGCUUCACCAUUUCCUUUCUUUAAAUUCGCCCCCCUCCCUUCUAUCUUGUUUG